GGCUUGUGUCAACACCAGGCCACGCCCUCCUGCUCGCUCAUUGGUCUUCACAGCGGAAGAGGAAUCAGCUCCAAGCGCCACUUCCUACUUACCGGCCAACUCAUUCCGCUCAUUACCGGCGACCUUUCGACGGUUUCUCCUGCGGGGUUUAUGAUCGUCGGACCGCUCCGCAGCCUGUGUAAGAAAGCUCCGAGGAUUUUUCUCGCCAUGAAUCCGCAGGUAGUGUUCGUCCUGGGCGGACCCGGAGCCGGAAAAGGAACCCAGUGCGCCAAAAUCGUCGAGAACUUCAGCUACACCCAUCUGUCUGCUGGAGACCUGCUGAGAGAGGAACGCAGCCGGACGGGCUCCGAGUUCGGACAGCUCAUCGACAGCUACAUCAAGGAAGGAAAGAUCGUCCCCGUGGAGAUCACCAUCAGCUUACUAAAGAAGGCGAUGGAGGAGACAAUGAAGAAAGAUGAAAACAAAUUCCGCUUCCUUAUCGACGGCUUCCCUCGGAACGAGGAUAACCUGCAAGGCUGGACAAAGGUUAUGGAUGGGAAAGCAGACGUCAAAUUUGUCCUGUUUUUUGACUGUAGUAAUGAAGUUUGUAUCGAAAGGUGUCUAGAAAGAGGGAAGAGCAGUGGCAGGACAGAUGACAACAAAGAGAGCUUGGAGAAAAGGAUCAAGACAUACCUGCAGUCCACACGGCCAAUCAUAGUGCAGUACGAGAAGCAGGGAAAAGUGCGCACUAUAGACGCCUCACGCUCCGUUAGUGAGGUCUUCGCCGACGUGAAAUCAAUCUUCGACAGAGAGGGUUGACCCUGUUGACUCUGCCCUGAAUGAAGUUCACUGACAUCAACGAUGCUACACUUCAUUUAUUCACACAUUUAUCUUUUUAUUCAUUUAAGUGUAUUUUUGUUUAAGAGCGAAUGUAUGUGUGUGAAAGGGGGACAUUCUGUGACUUUGUGUCCAUUUAUACUUAACAAUGCCCAAGAGGAACAAUAUUCCUGUAGAACAAUGAUAAAAGUAGAGCAAUAGAGUCCAGUUAAAGGACAUUUUCCAUAGGAAUCAUAUUUAGUACUUAUAGUACUCUUAGUAGUAUAGUACUCUUAGUUAAAUGGGAUUUGGUGUUUUAUCUGUGGCCAUAUGGAUAUGAAAGUGUCAUAUCAUUAUUAUGUUGUUAUUAUUAUUGUUAUUAUUGACCAUGGCAAAUGGCCUUAACAGUGAUCACAGGGGGCCAAGAACUGAUAGUGCCAUGGUGGCUAAAUUAUAUCAUCUAUGAAAAGUACAUUUAAAAUUGUUCUUAAUUUAAUUUUAAGUAAGGCUGCAUUAUAUGGACCGAAUAUUGUAUUGUGAUACCGUCGCCACAAUAUAUUAAACAAAAUAUGUUGAAAAUCUGUCAUGGUUAAAAAUCAUCCUGCAUUAUUUGGACCAAAAUUAUUCAUUUAAAUACAGAAUCUGGAGUAUCUGAUUGGUCAGAAGGAUCACACUACACAAUUACACUUUAGAGCUCAUUUACAAAUGCAGCUUUCUGUCAUAUUACUAUUAAGAAUUGCAAUAAAGAUUAACAAAUAAUGUAUUGUGCAACCCUGCCAGCCUGGUGUUAGCUCUAAUGUUUUAUCUAAACAUGCCUUUGAACCAUGCAAAGUCACAAGAUCAUCCAGUGUAUAAAUUAAAUUAAAAGAUGUCUCCUAA